AUGCCGCAGCUGCGCUCCGCAAAGAGGAAGGCCGUCGUGCUGUCCUCGGACGAAGAUUCUACCCAGAGCAAGGCCCCGUCCCGGUCGUCGCGCAGCUCCCAGCCUCGCGCUAAGCCCCAGCCUCAGCCCAAAGAAAGAAACAUUCUCUCCUUCUUCAAUGCUGCCACACAGCGCCAACGUGUCCACGGCACCCAGGAUCAGCCCGUGGCCUCGCAGGGGCUGCCACCCACUGAUACUGUUGAGGACCAGGACGACACGAUACAGGACGACUCGCUAGACGACGAGCCCAACAAAUCUGGGGCACACGCAGCAUGGCGCAAACGCACGCGCACGCGCGGCGCUGCCGGUGACGCCGAAAACCCUGAGCAGGACGCGCUGCCAAGCGCAAGUCAGAAGUUUCUAAAAACGCUCUCCAGCCAGAGCCGACCAGCCGCUAGAAUCGAGGACGAUGAAAGGCCUUGGGUUGAGAGAUACAGCCCAGCCAAUCUUGACGAACUGGCCGUCCACAAGCGCAAGGUUGCCGACGUCAAGGCCUGGCUGACCAACGUCCUCAGUGGACGAGAGCGCAAACGUCUCCUUGUCUUGAAGGGUGCUGCAGGUACCGCUAAGACGACCACUGUCAAUUUGCUGGCCAAAGAUGUAGGAUUCGAAAUCAAUGAAUGGAAGAACCCCAUGGGCUCUGACUUUUCCUCUGACGCUUUCGUCUCUCUGUCCGCCCAGUUCGAGGACUUCAUGGGUCGCAGCAAGUUCGGCAGCUUGGAUCUCGGUCCCAGCGAUGGGAUCGGCUCUCAGAGUUCCCCGCCCAACGGCACGGGCAAGCAAAUAGUGCUGAUCGAAGAGUUCCCAAACACCUUUACACGCUCUUCCGCAGCCUUGCAGUCCUUUCGUUCAGCAAUCGAGCAGUAUCUUUCCUCAUCUGUGCCGUCCCUAGGUGCCAUGUUCACUCGCUCCGCAGAUGCGCCCCCGCCAACGCCCAUUGUCAUGAUCAUCUCAGAAACUCUGCUUUCCACCAACACAGCGGCCGCAGACAGCUUUACAGCUCACCGGCUUCUUGGACCCGAGAUAUCGAACCACCCCGGCACUACCAUUAUAGAGUUCAAUCCGAUAGCACCAACCUUCUUGACCAAGGCGCUUGAGCUUGUUGUCGCCAAGGAAGCACGCAAAUCCGGGAGAAAAACGACACCAGGCCCGCAAGUCAUCAAGCAGCUCUCCGAGAUUGGCGACGUCCGCAGUGCCAUUUCCAGCCUGGAGUUUCUCUGUGUGAGAGGCGACGACAAUGCCGACUGGGGCAGCCGUGUGACUUUCAAAGCGGUGAAGAAGGGGGCAAGACAGAAGCCCAUGACGAAGAUGGAACAGGAAUCCAUGGCGCUUGUCUCUCAGAGAGAAAGCACGCUCGGUAUAUUCCAUGCCGUCGGGAAGGUGGUGUACAACAAAAGGGAUGAAUCUUCCAAUUCCGCUGCUUCUCAGCCACCAGCUUAUUUUCCCGAAUACCGACGCCCAAAGGCAUCUGAAAUCGAUGUUGAUGCGUUGAUGGACGAGCUCGGCACCGAUAUCCAGACCUUCAUCUCCGCUCUGCAUGAGAACUACGUCCUCUCCUGCAACACUGGGAGCGAGGAAGACACACUAGACUCAAUCAACGGGUGUAUCGACGCGCUGUCGGAUGCUGACUUGCUCUCGCCCGCUCCUUUCAGCUCGGCCGGGACUUCCCGACGAACAUAUCAAAGCUCCAGCACAGACAGCUUACAGCAAGACGAGAUGAGCUUCCACGCAUCCGUACGUGGUCUACUGUUCAGCCUUCCUCACCCAGUCAAUCGAUCAGCUCCACCACCAGGAACCGUGAGAGGCAGAGGGUCGAGCAGGGCUGACGCGCACAAAAUGUUCUAUCCCACAUCACUCAGGCUGUGGCGUCUCCAGGAGGAGAUUGAGGGUCUUCUAGACCUCUACAUCCGCCGGGCUCAGACGGACGGCCUAAACCGCGCCGAAACAUUCGCACACCUACCCAAACGGGGCACUGUUGAGUCGUGGAACAAGCGACUGAGUCUCGAUGCCUCGAGACACGACAACAACAGCAGCAGCAAUACCACCGCAGCCGCCGACAUCACGCAACAAGACAGCGUCAUGGCAACGCCGCUCGGUAGCAGCGGGUCCCUGAAACGCGAGAUGCUACUCGAACGCCUGCCGUACUCGGCCGUGAUGCUCCGCCAGGGCAACAAGAAGCAGACCUCGAACGUCGGCGGCCCCGCCGCGAGGCUGAGCGAGGUGGAGAAGAUCACCAGUUUCAGCGGCGUCGGAAUAGGCGCUGACGACGGCGUCGCCGACGGCGACGAGGGCGACGACGAGGACGUGCUCCGCAACGGCGGCGACCAGUGGAGCACGGAUGGACCGACGGAGCACGACCCGUCAUCAACGAGACCCGCAAGGCCGGGAUCGAGGAGGAGGCUUGUUGGAGGCGCAGGCGCAGGCGUCAGCGGCACAGGCACAGGCACGAGCACGAGCACUAGCACGAGCACGGGAAGAGGACGAGGGGCAGCAACAGCAACGCUGCACGACGAUCACACCGGAGAAAUGGUGAUUGGAACGGGCGGUGAGAAGGGACUGGCGAACCUGGUGCUGAGCGACGAUGACAUCGAGGAUGAUGAUGAUGACUAG